AUUCUAUUCCUCUCUUCAAUUGCGUUUGCUUCUUUCGUGGUGUGGAUCAGUGUGUAUGCAUUGACAAUAUUGUUAAUAGGAUUCAUCAAAAUAAAGAUCAUCAUAGAAGUGUAAAGCGUUAUUCGUAAAUUCAUAAAGUGGUUUGUUAUUAAGAAAAGUUUCCAAGAAUGGCAGAUAAUGAGCAGAAAGCUUUACAGCUAAUGGCUGAAGCCGAGAAAAAACUCAGUUCAUCAAAAGGACUCUUUAGUUCUCUCUUUGGCUCAUCAAAGGUGGACGAAGCAGUAGAAUGUUAUCAACGAGCAGCAAAUCUGUUCAAGAUGGCUAAAAAGUGGGGCAAUGCUGGAAAUGCCUUUUGUGAAGCAGCAACACUCCACGCUAAAGCUGGUAGUAAACAUGAUGCUGCUACAAACUAUGUUGAUGCAGCCAACUGCUAUAAGAAGACUGAUGCAAAUGAAGCGGCGAAUUGCCUUUCAAAAGCUAUUGAGAUUUAUACUGACAUGGGAAGAUUUACGAUGGCUGCUAAACAUCAUCAAAGUAUAGCUGAAAUGUAUGAAAGUGAAGCAGUUGAUUUAGAACGUGCUGUUCAUCAUUACGAACAAGCAGCUGACUAUUUCAAAGGCGAAGAGAGCAUCUCAUCUGCCAAUAAAUGCCUUCUUAAAGUAGCUCAAUAUGCAGCACAGCUUAAAAAUUAUGAAAAAGCCAUCCAGAUUUAUGAACAGGUGGCAAUGUCAUCAUUGGAAAGUCCAUUGCUUAAAUAUAGUGCAAAAGAAUAUUUCUUCAGGGCAGCGCUUUGUAACUUGUGUGUAGAUGCUCUCAAUGCCCAGCAUGCUAUUGAACGAUAUAACGAACAAUAUCCAGCAUUCCAAGAUUCUAGAGAAUACAAGUUGAUAAAGACAUUAAUCGAACACUUGGAAGAACAAAACGUUGAAGGUUUUACAGAGACUGUGAAGGAAUACGAUUCAAUAUCAAGACUAGAUCAAUGGUACACGACGAUAUUGCUUCGCAUCAAGAAACAAAUUAAUGAUAACCCUGAUCUCCGCUGAUUAGUGGUAGUGAUAAUUGAUCAGUGCAUUAUAUCAUUAAUAUUCUUCCUCCUGCCCCGUGUGUAUUCUUCCUUGUUUAAAAUUAGGCUUCUAAUAUCACUCGUAAUAUAAACUAAAUCGGAGGCUUUGUUCAAAUACAAAAUCCAUUCGUUUAACUUUCAUCUUCAACAAUAAUAUCAAUUUCGACGUUAUUGAGUUAUAAAACUCUUUAACAGACUGCAAAUUUUCGGUGAGUGCUUAACAAGCAGUAGUCAAUUAGCUAAACAAUCUAGCUAGGUCGAUGCAAUCGAUAUUGGAAAUAAAAUAACUCUUUUAUUAUUAUAAAAAACCGAAUAUAUUAAUUUAUAAAGAAUACCAAGAAAGGAGGAUACAAUAUUGUUUUUUUAAUGUACAUUUUUGUGAAUUAUGAUAUAUUAUGGUUUAAAAAUAUUUAUAAUAAUCUCUAUUUAUUGUGUUACUUCUACAUUAUUCCAUUGUAAAAUUUUAUUUUAUGUAAUUGUUCAUUCCAUCAGUUAUAACAUAAAAAUUUUUAGCAUCCAUUUAAUGAAAAUUAAUUACAUAAAAAAAGUAUUUUCAUUGACAGACAUAAUCUGUUAAAAAUUAAUGGUUUUUUAACACUAAUUAUUACUUUGUUUGUUAUGCAAAUAUUGUUAUGAAUUAAUAUUAUUACCAUAAUUAAUAAAAUAUAAUAAUAAUAAUAAUAAUAAUAUAAUAAUAAUAAUUAAGUGCGGAAGAAUAUAUUAGGGGAAUAUAAUUCCAAUAAACUCAGCUAUUUGAUUAGUAGGAAGUGAAAAAAAAUCGAAAAAAAAUACAAAAAAAUAUAUCUAUCAACGUUUUAAAAUAUUGAGCUUAUCAUUUCAUAAAGAGGAGGAAUAACAAUCACAUUUACAAACUUCGUAAAGUAAAAUUUUUAUUCUUAGAAAGGUAAAUUUUGUGGCUAUAAUCUAUAAUUACAUAAUAACAUAUUCAUUGAAUAAUUAAUUAACUAAAUUAAUUAAUCGUAGGUUUGACAUCCACGUGAAAUUAUUACAUGCCACUUAUUAUGUACCACACUCGUACACACGACAGCAGACAAACGUAUGCAUGUAUCGGAGCGAAUAAUAAAAUUAUUAAUUAUCAAUUCGA